UGGAUCUUGGUUUGUUAUAUAAAUCAAGAAACAAAAUCCAACCAUUUUCGUAAUUACUGCUUUUGCAUUUCGAACUUCUUCUCUUUCAAUAAAUUUUUACAACGGAGAUGGUCCCAAUCAAUACGGUCCGACCGUCGAUUUCUUGUUCUUCUUCUUCCGGUUUCGAUACCGGACCGUCGGCACCGGUUCCCAAAGUUGGAUUCGUUAAGUUACCAAGGUCGAACGGCGGUAACCAUGCCAGGUUGAGCUUAGUUCAGGCGACGGAGGAAUCCACUGUUGCGACGACGAAUGGUCGUGUUGCUGCAGUUUCCGGUGAAAAUGCCCAUCAGAUGGCCACUAAUGGAAAGGCAGGUAACAUAGUAUGGCACAAAAGUUCAGUUGAUAAAGUUCAUCGUCAAGAGUUACUUCAGCAAAAGGGUUGUGUCAUAUGGAUUACGGGUCUCAGUGGUUCAGGGAAGAGCACAUUGGCAUGCGCGCUGUGCCAUGCCUUGUAUUCAAAGGGAAAGUUGACUUACAUCCUUGAUGGUGAUAAUGUUCGGCAUGGCCUAAACCGUGACCUUACUUUUAAAGCUGAAGAUCGUGCAGAGAACAUUCGAAGGAUUGGAGAGGUGGCAAAGCUCUUUGUUGAUGCUGGCGUCAUCUGCAUUGUCAGUGUGAUAUCUCCCUACCGAAGAGACAGGGAUGCAUGCCGCGCGCUGGUACUAGAUGGAGAUUUCAUUGAGGUGUUCAUGGAUGUGCCAAUCGAAAUAUGCGAGGCAAGGGACCCAAAGGGCCUGUACAAACUUGCAAGAGCUGGAAAAAUUAAAGGUUUUACCGGUAUUGAUGACCCAUAUGAACCACCUCUGAAUUGUGAGUUAGCAUUACCACCAAAGGGAAACAGCUGUGCUUCCCCAUGUGAAAUGGCUGAAACUGUAAUAUCUUACCUGGAGGAGAAGGGGUACCUUCACGCAUAAGAAAACCCGGUAACAUAAGUCUUUUUGGAACCAAUGAAAUUCGUUUCUUUUCUAAAUCAAGGAAAAAAACCUUAUGGUUCCCUGUAUCUGUAUGAUCCUGUUUCUGGCAUGAAGGAAACUUAAUUGUUUCCUGUAUGUGUAGUUUUAUGUUAUUGUAUUAGAUAGUUAAUCAAUCGAUUAAUUAGAAUCUGUUUCCUGUAUUAGGCCUUAUUAAAAGCCAUUGUAAUGGGGGGAGUAUUUGGGAAUGGAUUAGGUGGCAAAUAAAUUGGUGAUUUGGUGUAUGAAUUUGUAUCAUAUGGCAUUGUAAUGAAUUUGCUUAUGAACAAACUCAGAUUUUUCUCUUUUAA